AUGGGUGUGGCUUUGCUCCUGGUGGCACGCCGGGUGGUCACAGGCUCCGCCUCAGUGGGCGAUGUACCCAUGGUGCAAGGCUUGAUCUCCCAGCUUUGGGCGCCUUUGCAAUUCCUCGGGUUCUACAUCCGGCAAGCACGGCAAGCUUUGGUUGACUUGGAAGAGGCUCGGGCUCUUCUUUCCUCAAAGAGGUCUCCUUUGGAGCUCGCAGAAGCAGCUGAGAGGCCAACACAAUCAGAGGAGCUGGUUGCAUUGCACAACCUGCCGCCGUGCACGGAGGGAUGUCCUUUGGUCGAGUUUCGAGAUGUGUGGUUUCGAUACGAACGUGGAUUGCCAUGGGUGCUACAGGGCCUGUCCUUCUGCAUUCAGCCAGGAGAGUUCUUCGUGAUUGUUGGCCCUUCGGGAAGCGGGAAGAGCUCCUUGGGACGCUUGGUGCCAAGACUUUUUGAUGCCUGUGAAGGCAGUGUCCUCUUCAAUGGCGUGGACGUGCGCCAUGUGACCUUGGGUGACCUGCGAGAACGCUUGGCCGUGGUGCCACAGGAUGUGGUGGUGUUCAAUGCGAGCCUGCGACAGAAUCUGUCGAUGGCCCGGCCGAAGGCCACCACGGAAGAAAUGACCGAGGCCAUUCGCGCAAGCGGACUGGAGAAAGCGCUUCUAUCCGGCAGCAGCGGUCUGACCAUGCAAUCAGUCGUUGGCGAGCGUGGGCUCCGUUUGUCGGGUGGUGAGCGGCAACGACUCUCCUUUGCAAGGGCAUUGCUGAGAGCACCAGACACGGAGCUGCUGAUUCUAGAUGAAGCAACCAGCGCUUUGGAUGCUGAGACUGGACAAUUCCUGCUGCAAAGUUUGCAAGAGUUGCGCCAAGGUGGUGGCAGGACUCCAGCCAUUCUGGCCAUCACACACCAGCUACAGAUGGCCAAAGAAGCUGAUCAAGUGCUGGUGUUACAGGAAGGAAAGGUUAAGGAGCGCGGCAGUCAUGAGGAGCUUUUGCAGAGACUUGGUUCUAUUGCAGUCUUUUGA